AUGCCGCAGUCCGCUCUAUUUACCACUUUUCCAAGCGUCAACCCCGACAAGCAAGCUUUCAGGGAAAAACGAGGAUUAGAGGAAACAUCAAAUGACAACUUUGCGGACUUCCCUGAACCUUCCCUCGCAUCCAAAUCUCUUAAGAGAACUUUGAUGGACGCGGCUCCUUUGAAAGAACGAUCAGCGAAGAAGCAGAAGCGCGAGAACGUUGACUACACACGCCUUCCGGACCCCCAGGAUCUGCCUCCUAUCGAAGAUGAUGGUUCAAAGCCGCCAUACAGCUAUGCGACCCUGAUCGGAAUGUCGAUCUUGCGUGCGCCCAACAGACGGCUAACGUUGGCUCAGAUCUAUAAGUGGAUUUCAGACACGUUUUCCUACUAUAAAAAUAGUGACCCAGGAUGGCAGAAUAGCAUCCGCCACAAUCUCAGCCUGAACAAGGCGUUUAUCAAGCAAGAAAGACCGAAGGAUGACCCUGGAAAAGGGAACUAUUGGGCGAUCGAGUCCGGCAUGGAAGCUCAGUUCUUGAAGGAUAAGCCGUUACGUCGCGCAACCAUGUCGAGUCUGCCGCUACCCGUUCCUUGCCCACGAGAGCCUGUCCAUGUGCAAAGCUCCAGCACAACAAAUUGGGCUGUGCCUCCUGCAGGCCACCCUACGGCGUCGAAGAUUUCCAAAGACGUGGACCUAUCUUCUGAUGCUACAAUACCUGCGUCGGAUCCUGCUCUUCAGGAAGAUAUAGGCGACGAAGGCCCCAAUCCUGUUGCGUCCCAAGCUCCUCCACGUUCUUCCCCACCCCAACCGAUACAUUCCUCUCCUCCCAUUGUUCCACCUCGUUUCACACGUCAGGCCACACCCCCUACACCUUCGCACCCUGUGACGUCUUCUGCCAUACCACCUCGUUCCCGCAAGCGCGAAUCGGCUACAGUCAAUGACAGCGGAUAUUUCUCUUCCUUGGAGUCUUCGGCGAUGCGUCCGCACAAAGCAGGGCAUAUUCUGACAUCGGACUUGGACAUAGAUCCUCCUCGCAUAAAACGUGGUAGAGCAGAAGAGGAAAUUGCCAGAAUCCGAAGUUCUUCCCAUGAUAUCAGCCCAAGACAUUCUACUAUAUUGAAAGACCCUGUUGUGGCAAUCGGCUCUUCACCAAUUCGAGGCGAAUAUGUCAGCAUGCUGCCGCCCCCUCUCACCCCUGUGAUCAAAUUCAAGAAGCCGGCCAAGCCUCCUCCGUCUGUCUCUCCCAACACGAAUCUUCGGAAUCACCGCAAAAAGAUUCAACAAAUGGUCAAUUCUCCCAUCAAGCACCUGGGUCUUACAGACGAGGACCUUCCAUGGAGUCCCGCUUUCAGAAUUCAAGACGAAACAUACACACCAACCGACAACCUGCAUACCACUUUUGAUGUUUUCACGGAAACUGCUGAACAGGCAUUAUCAACGACGGCAUACGGUUCUCCAGAAAAAAGGUCCUCGAAACGUGCUCGGACGCUUUCUGGGAUGUCGGCUGGUAAUGUGCUUGCUGAUAUCACUACGAUGAGUGUCAACAGCAGACCAAGCAUUCCAUCUUUGCCGCCGACUAGACCUAAGGGCCUCUUGUUUCCGGAGUCACCAUCUAAAGUCCACGGCUCUGCACGUCUCGUCGAUGCCGCUCAGGAUGACUUUUUCUCCUUCCAUCUUUUUGACGAUAACUCAGGAGAAGUUGAUGGUGUCGACCUUUUGCAAGGCUUUCAAAAGAUUGGAGGUGCGAGCAAAGAAGAGCCUACAGGAUCAAAGUCACAGACGCCAAGGCCGCAACUCAACAUUCGAAGUAAUACCACUCUUUUUUGA